CCAAAAACUUAACUCUUUUGAAUUGUUUUGGCUGCUCACCAUGAUUGCAAACAGUGGUCGUUUCUGGUACAUUUGGAGGAGCCGCCCCCCUGAUUUCUUAUUUAUGGCAUUAUUUGUGCAAAUGUUCCAAAUUUUAGUGUCAAGCAGGAUUCUAUUAAGAGGAUUGUUUUUUAUAAGGAGUUUUUCCAGACUUCCACUUCCGAUCGCAGAAACCGGGGAAGUUCUCGCGCAUGACGUCAUACCUCUGACUCAAGCCUCUGCAGGUGGCGCUGCGCCUUUAAGAAGGUGCUUUAAUAAACAAUGAGCGUCUCGGGCUGGCAGCAUGACAUCACCGCUGGAUUUGGAGACAGAGACGCGCACGGAGAACGCCGAGGCCACGUUAACCGAAUCUGCACCAUCCGAGUAAAUCCUGGCACCGUUCUGUCUCCGGGUUUCUCAGGUGGCUUUGGAUAAAGACUAUAGACCAUGUUCCAUCCACAACUGGUCACAGACCCAGCAGGAUUUAUCGUCACUGGCUGGAUUUAGGACUGGACGUCUUCAGCAUCAUUAUUAUCUCACGGUACCGGAUGUCCCCUCCCCCAUCACCCCGUUUACUGAUGGUCCGAUUAUAGGUGUUAAUACAAGAAGAAAGAAACGAAGCGGAUUUGUAGUGAUCUCCGUCCCGGCAUUUCUUGAGGUGUGUGCCGGGUGGUGAUGCGCACAGCUGCGCGCCGGGUUUCGCUCGCGCGCGCGCCCCAGCCGUAGCAGAUCGUGGUGCUGUAGGACCUACAGUGUAGGUGAGAUCGAGACCUGCGAGGAGGAGUAGAGGAGCAUGGCCGCGGGCAAGCUGCUGCUCUACGCCGGCCUUUCUCUGUCCCUGUGCGCAUUGGGCAUGCUGGCCGUGGCCGUGUGCUCCGACCACUGGUACGAGACGGACGCCAGACGCUAUCGCGAGCGCUGCCGCAGCUUCUCGAGCCGCCGCAAGGACCCGGGUUUCAUCUACAUCCCCAACAACAGCCUGCCGCUGCGCGCCAGCCGCUCGCGCCUCGACCGCUGGGAGGGCAAACUACUCGUGACGCGCAACCGGCGGCAGCUUUUCGCCAUGAGCGCCGCCGACGAGUGCAGCCGCCAGUACAACUCCACCAACAUGGGCCUGUGGAGCAAAUGCCACCGUCUCGGCUUCGACCAGGACAUCGAGGACCUCAUUCGGAAAGGUUCCAUUGCACGAUGCUCCUAUAUCAAGUACCACUACUCCUCAGCCACAAUACCCAAGAAUCUGUCCUACAACAUCACCAAGACUAUCCGGCAAGAUGAAUGGCACUCCUUGCACCUGCGCAGGAUGACUGCAGGCUUCAUGGGCAUGGCCGUGGCCAUAAUCCUUUUCGGCUGGAUCAUUGGCAUGCUCGGCUGCUGCUGGGACCGAGGCCUCAUGCAGUAUGUGGCAGGUCUGCUCUUCCUCAUGGGCGGUACCUUCUGCAUCAUCUCGCUGUGCACCUGUGUAGCAGGGAUUAAUUUUGAGCUUUCCCGCUAUCCGCGUUACCUGUACGGCCUCCCAGACGACAUCAGCCAUGGUUACGGCUGGUCCAUGUUCUGUGCUUGGGGUGGCCUGGGUCUGUCGCUCAUCGCCGGUUUCUUCUGCACACUGGCUCCCUCUGUUCAGCCGAUCCCGCGCUCCACCUGCCCCAAAUCCCGGCAAGAAAAUGGCACAGUGUGUUAAGCGGAGCUUUCGGGAAAAAAAAAAGCCACCGUGCAGCCAUGUGCUGAGCAAAAAACAAACACUAAGAAGACUGAUUAUCAAAACCAUACGUUUGUUCCUUAGUCAUUUUCUGAUGUCACCAGUCAGACGCCAUUUUCGUGUGAGUUUGGAAAAUAGGUAUCCUGAUCAUUCCAUGGCAAAAAAAAAAAAAGAAAAAAUUAAGAUCAGUAUGUUACUGGGAUACCAAAAUGGAGAUACUACACAGGAAGACUUUUCAGGAUUAUAUCUCUCUCCCAUGAGACCAUUGGGAAGGGGAGCAUGAAAUGGUGACUAAUGGAGACUUGUACAUCAGUUUGUGAAAAUACAGCAGCAUGAAACUUGAAAGGUGUGUAAGAGUUUCUAGCUGUUCUUUAGUUGUCUCUUUAUUGCUAAAUUGGUGCUUUUGGGGUUGGAAAAAAAAAUUAAAUCCCACUAUAGUAUAUGUGUUUUGUGUUUGAAGAGCUACUGAACUGGAGGCAAUGCCAAGCUAUACCGAAGGAGGGGAACAAUGCAAAUGGCAUUUUGGAGCAAUGGAUUAUAUAAUACAAAUAGACCAAUAUAGUUGGAGCAACACUGUAUACUGAAUACAGCUGCAGGCCCUUCUUUCGGCAGGAAAGAAAAUGGUACACUGCUUAUAUUGCAAAUUGUAAAGAUUAUUCCGGAACAGAUCAUUACCAUGGGGAGAUAUUUGGGAGAGUUUCACUUCUUCCAUCCUCCAACAGGAUCAUUUGAACAUUUUGAACAAUGUAGUUUGCCUUUUUUUUUGUCUACUUGACUUUUUCUUUACUUGACAUGUACCAUGAAUGGAUGUGUGUGUAUGUUUGUAUCUGCCCUCCAUUUUGCUUAUCAAAAAAAUGUUUGUGUGGGGAAAAUGGGGUGUUUAGAUUCUGUAGAGCGUAAAUAAGGCAGGAAACAUAAAAAAACAAGGAAACUUAAAACAUACUUUAGUUGAUGGUUAAACUAAAAGGAGAAUUGAAAAGGAAAAAAUGCCAUAUCUUGUUUGAAAAGCAGAAAGCACACAAUUUUCAUACAGACAUAGUUGACUCAACGUCACAGUCUGCGAGAUGCCACUUUCCAAACGAUCUCUGGUUAUUGUGGCACCCCAUAUUAACGGGCACAUUAAAAGGACCCACACUGUUUGCAUGCUUCUUGAUUACAAGCGACAUUAGUGACCGAGAAAUUCUGGCACCUUUGCCAAAAGAGCUUCAGAAUAGAUGACGAGAGCAGCCAUUAAAUAAAGCACAAUCUUAAUGCGAACUAAAAAGCCUGAACACUGUUGGGCCCAGAUCAAUCCUCCGUGUCUCACACAGGUCUGCUUGCUUUGCAUUCAAUUUCAUUUUCCUCAGUAUCAAUUAUUAAUGUCCUGAGUCCUGAGAAUUGUAAAGUGUAUCUAAAAAGCUUAUUCCCAAGUGUUCUCAGUCCCAGUCUGGCCUAAUUGUAUUGUGGAAGACCGUUUGUGGAGUCUCUAAUGUCUACAGUCAUUCAAAAUGCUGGACUGUGUUUUCUCUACAUACAUAGAGGACUAAUGCAGACCUGCCAGCCCUGAAGGAGAAUUUCUAGUUUCACUAUGAGGGGAAGCAAACUUGCUGGAAACACUACAAAAACAAUUAUAAUUUCAAUACAUUUCUUUUACAAAAGUCCCCUAAGCAAAACUAUAAAAUGUUUCAACAUGACCAAUAUUUAUCUGAGGAUAUCUGCUGCUCAAAAUGUCACCCAAGCCAAGACAGUUUGUAAUUACUUUCUCAUUCAUUCAUUCAUUUGUAACGUAGUCACACAUUUUUGGUCCAAAAUUGACUAGAAAUCGAAAUCAUCAUUGUUUAGUGAGCCAUCAUCACCAGAUUGUUAGAUUAUACAUUUUUUUAAAACUCUUUGAUCAUUGACUAUAAAGUUAAACAGUAAAAUGUGUUAACGUGAUCUUUAGGUUUCAAAACUGAAAAGAACAUCAGUCAAAAUAUUACUAAUGUGAGACUGGGGGAGGGAGGGGCUUUAAGUAGACGUCAGUUCAAAAUCAUAGAAUCCAUAUCAUCUACACCACUGUCAACUAUUGCAGAUUUAUAUGGGAGGAAAAAGACUGAACUCUUGACAUAUUUCUUUUUUCGGGGAGGGAAUUUCUUGUUCUUGGUUACUUCUGUGUGAAAAUUCCUACACGUAAAGGUUGGCAGGUCUGCAAAAGUGGAAGAACACUAUUUGAUAGAACAGCUUGGGUUCUUUAUCCAUCUGUGCUCUCUGGUCUGGAGUGUAAGGAGGUUUGGGUGCAAAAUGCUAUGAAAUUACAUUAGCUCAGUCUAUAGAACCCAGAUGGAAAAGUGUGCCCUUGAACACUAUAUUCUUCCAAAGAUGUGUAUGGAAAUCUGGUCUCAAAGGGAAAAUUGUAUAAGCCUAUCUGGUCUUAUAUAAGAUAGUGUUCCUGGACACACUUAAAAGGAAAAAAUAUUUAGGCUAUUUCAGUCUGCGAGGAUUAUGCAACCAGGCAUUGAUAUAAACGGGGUCGCAUCCAUUCCUCACUGGUAAAAAGCAGAUGAGCUCUUUCCCAUAAUUUCUUAUCCGGAGGCUGCAGGCCAGUACCACCACAUGUGCUUUUCCAAAGCUAGGAAACAAACAUUACAUCAUCAUACAUCAGACAAA